AUGAGCAUCUCGACCUCUUUUGCGGCGGAUUCCGCUUGGCCCCUAUGGGACAGCCAGCCCGUUGAUGGAGCCUUUGAAAUAGAUCUUCCGGAAGGAACCAUCGACCAAGGGGUUGUCACAAAAGUAUCUCGACCAUGGUUGUUCGGCUACAAGCCGACCACACCUUCAAACGGACGCGCUGUGCUCAUCCUCGGUGGCGGUGGAUACGUGCAGCUCAUGGUGGGCCGUGAGGGGAUCGCAGUCGCCCGCUGGCUUGCGGACCUCGGCUUCGAAGCCUACGUUCUCAUACAUCGCUUCCCGACUGCCGAAACUGGACCUCUAGCGCCGGUAGAUGACGCCAGGCAAGCUCUGCGUCUCAUGGAAGAGAAGAAAGCCGGCCUGCGAGGCUUGGCAGUAUGUGGUCUAUCCUCCGGCGGCCACCUCGCAUCAGCGUUGUUAGCCGAGUACCCAGCUUCAUGGGCGACAACUGCCGGGCCACCGGUUCCUAAGCCAGAAUUUGCAAUCAUCGGAUAUGGACCCAUCUCGACGAACGCAAAGGGUCAUACCAUCGUGCCGAACAAAUCCCCUCUCGAUCCGCCGGCCAAACAGGAACUCUAUGACAUUGUGAUCCCUGAUCAACAGGUCGCGCGGCCAGCACCGCCGACUUUCAUCGUGUACUCCGCGAACGACCCUAUUGUUCCGGUGGUGAACGCGUACCGUUUAGCGCAAGGUCUCCAGGCCGCAGAAGGCUCUGUAGAGCUUCACGUCUUUGCAGAUGCGCCCCAUGGGUUCGGUCUGGAUACUAAGAACUUGCCGGUUUCGAAAUGGCCGUCUUUGGCCACGGCCUGGUUACAACAAAAAGGUUAUCUGAAAGACGAGUAG